UUUAACUUAGUGGCAAUAUCUCUUCAGAUCGGAUUAACAAUAUUUUCGACACGGAAUAUUUUUUAAUAUAUUGUGAUUAACUAAUUUAAGUGCAAUGUAUUUUCGUUAAGGCUUGCUUAUUCGCAUCGUUAAAAGUGUUUAGUCGCCGGGAAAAUAGAAAAAGAAAGCAGUCGCUGCUACGAAGCAAAGGGGGAGACAAGAGUAACAAUGAGCAAGCGAGACAGUAGACUGAGUGUGUAGUACUGUGUAACUCCUCUAACCAAAUAAAACAAAACAAAGGAGAGACAAAGGAUAGAAACCCCGAAAAAGUCGCACACACACGCACACACUUGCAAUUGGAAGCAGCAGCAGUAUCACAUCGGACGGAUCAACUAAAACAAAUGGAGUUUAAUUAAUUAUAAUCGAAGGAUAAAGGCCUCCCCUGGCCACAGUGAAGUGCAAUUUUCAGUCAAAUAGUGAAGGGAACGCAAAGACGUCGCCAAAUCGUGGUCCCAGCGUGUGUGUGUGUGUGUGGUAGUGUAGUGGCCGUGUGUAUGCCAGUGUGAGUGCGUAUGCAUAUGGGGUUGGAAAACCGUGAAAACUCGACGACGUCUCAAACGCACAACACUUUGGCUGACUAAGUCUCGCGGAGAUCGCAGGUAAAGACAAUGCCGAGUGCCUCGUUCACCUCGUCGCGCACCUACGUGCGCCGCUCCCGUCGGAAAGGAGCCAACCGCAUCGCCAUGCCCAACCGGCCCACGGGCAACAUCAUGGAUCCCAUGCUGCAGCAAAACGUUGCUGCGGCCGGAGCCCAGGCCAGCACCUCCGGCGCCACCAGCAGUAGCAGCAAUAACAACGGCGGCGGGAACACCAACAGCAGUAACGUCUCCGCCACCAACACAGCCGGUGCAGCAGCAGCAGCGGCAGCCGCUGGAGUUGCGGCAGGCGGAGCAGCUGCCGCGUCCGCCUCCACUUCGGCAGAGUACUUCGAUAGCGGUCAAGGGGCCAGCGGUUCCAGUGGCGCCAGUGCGAGCGCUGGCUUCUCUGGCAGCUUCUACAACGCCCUGCAGAUGAUGGACACCACCGAAAGCAGCUCAGGAGCCGGCACCAGCGGGGCAGCAGCUGGCUCCACACCACCAGCGCUAGCAGCGGGUGGAGCCUCCACCUCGAAGUCGAGCUGCGCUGCAGCCGGUUCCAGUGGCGCCUCGACAUCCGCAGCAGCUACAGCAGCUGCCUCUUCCGCCUCCAGUAGUCAUCAGAGCCCGUACGACUUGCGCCGCAAGAUCUCCGCCAGCAGCCACGAGCAGUGGCCCACAGCUUCCUCUUCCGCCGUCGCCACAGCGGCCACAGCCGCUGCUAUUCUUGUCGGACCGUCGAGCAGCUCACCGCCGCUAGUUAACCCCGGAGCCUCGCCCUCCAGCUCAUCGUCGUCCUCCUCCUCUAGUUCGUCAUCCUCCUCGUCCGCCUCGUCGUCCAGCGCCUCGUCCAAUGUCCAGGCACCAUCAACCAGUGCCACCUUUCCGGUAAACAAUGCCCCCACCACGGGUGCCACGCUGGCGCAGCCACCCAAUGUGCACAGUUCGGUGCCGCAGCAGCAUUGCGGUGCUCUACCUGUGGGGGCGGCCAUCGAGGACAACAACUAUAUGCUGCCCGCGAGGAAGCGCUCUCGUCGCCUCUACACGCAGGGCGGUGACAUGGGACCAGCUUCAGGUGCGACUGGUGAAGCGUCCGGGGCAGGAACAUCUGCUGCCGGUGGAGUUGGCUGUGCACCCACCGCAGCGCAGUAUUUGCAGUACGAACUGCCCGAUGAGGUGCUGCUGGCCAUCUUCUCGUAUCUGAUGGAGCAGGAUCUCUGCCGUUUGGCGCUCGUUUGCAAGCGUUUCAACACCAUCGCCAAUGAUACGGAGCUGUGGAAGCGCCUCUACCAGUCAGUCUUCGAGUACGACCUCCCGCUAUUUAACCCGGAGCUGUGCAAGUUCGUCUUCGAGAAACCUGAGGAGUCAGAGUACGCCAAUCCGUGGAAGGAGAGCUUUCAUCAGCUCUACCGCGGCGUUCAUGUUCGACCCGGUUACCAGGAGCGACGCUGUCCAGGCCGAAGCAUUGUAUUCUUCAACACCAUCCAGGCGGCAUUGGAUUACCCAGAGGAACGCGCAGCAGCCGGGGUCUUUGGAUCUGGUAGCGCUGGUGCAGGCAACGUUGUCUCCGCCGGGCUGUCAAACACUAGUGCCGCUGCUGGCGGAGCCGGUGCAGGCGGGGCCAGUGUCAAUGCUCUGGUUAACAUCUAUGAAGAGCAGGUGGCCCCUACCGAGCAUCCCGGUCCGCUGAUAUUCCUCCAUGCUGGCCACUACAAGGGCGAAUAUCUGUUCAUUGAUUCGGAUGUGGCCCUCGUGGGAGCUGCUCCUGGCAACGUUGCUGAAUCAGUAAUCCUGGAGCGGGAGGCGGGAUCCACAGUGAUGUUUGUGGAGGGCGCCAAGUACGCCUAUGUUGGCUAUCUCACACUCAAGUUUUCCCCGGAAGUAACAUCGACAGUGUCACAUCACAAGCAUUACUGCCUGGACAUUGGUGAGAACUGCUCGCCCACCGUGGAUAACUGCAUCAUUCGCUCCACCUCGGUAGUUGGUGCUGCCGUCUGUGUGGGCGGAGUCAAUGCCAAUCCCGUGAUCCGUAACUGCGAUAUCAGUGACUGUGAAAAUGUUGGCCUCUACGUCACUGACUAUGCCCAGGGUACCUACGAGCACAACGAGAUCAGCCGGAAUGCGUUGGCGGGCAUUUGGGUGAAGAACUUUGCCAGUCCAAUUAUGCGGGAGAACCACAUACAUCACGGACGGGAUGUGGGCAUAUUUACCUUCGAAAAUGGAAUGGGCUAUUUUGAGAAGAACGACAUCCACAACAAUCGCAUCGCUGGCUUUGAGGUGAAGGCCGGAGCCAAUCCCACCGUGGUCAAGUGUGAGAUCCAUCAUGGCCAGACGGGCGGCAUCUAUGUUCACGAAAAUGGUUUGGGCCAGUUCAUCGAAAACCGCAUUCACUCGAAUAACUUUGCAGGUGUCUGGAUAACCUCCAACAGCAAUCCCACCAUCCGCAAAAACGAGAUCUACAAUGGUCACCAAGGUGGCGUGUAUAUCUUCGGCGAGGGUCGCGGUCUGAUCGAGCACAACAACAUUUACGGCAAUGCUCUGGCCGGCAUUCAGAUUCGCACCAACAGCGACCCAAUUGUGAGGCACAACAAAAUACACCAUGGCCAGCACGGUGGUAUUUAUGUGCACGAAAAGGGCCAGGGUUUGAUCGAGGAGAACGAGGUGUAUUCCAACACGCUGGCCGGCGUGUGGAUUACCACUGGGAGCACCCCCGUUCUGCGAAGGAAUCGUAUCCAUUCGGGCAAGCAGGUUGGCGUCUACUUCUACGACAACGGUCAUGGUAAACUGGAGGACAACGACAUUUUUAACCACCUGUACUCGGGCGUGCAGAUUCGGACGGGCAGCAAUCCGGUAAUAAGGGGCAAUAAGAUCUGGGGCGGACAAAAUGGUGGAGUUCUCGUCUACAACGGCGGUCUGGGGCUGCUGGAACAGAAUGAGAUCUUCGACAAUGCCAUGGCCGGCGUGUGGAUUAAAACGGAUUCGAAUCCGACACUCAAGCGGAACAAGAUCUACGAUGGUCGGGAUGGAGGAAUCUGCAUCUUUAACGGCGGCAAGGGGAUUCUAGAGGAGAAUGACAUUUUCCGUAAUACGCAGGCCGGUGUGCUUAUCUCAACGCAGUCGCAUCCGAUCCUGCGACGCAAUCGGAUCUACGACGGCCAAGCGGCGGGUGUGGAAAUCACCAAUAAUGCAACGGCAACCCUCGAGCACAAUCAGAUAUUCAAGAACAAGUUCGGCGGUCUUUGCCUGGCCAGCGGCGUUCAGCCCAUUACGCGCGGCAAUAACAUAUUCAACAACGAGGACGAGGUGGAGAAGGCCGUCUCCAGCGGGCAGUGCCUCUACAAGAUUAGCAGCUACACCUCCUUCCCCAUGCACGACUUCUACCGCUGCCAGACCUGCAAUACAACCGACCGCAAUGCCAUAUGCGUCAACUGCAUCAAGAAUUGUCAUGCCGGCCAUGACGUGGAGUUCAUACGACACGAUCGCUUCUUUUGCGACUGUGGUGCUGGCACCCUGUCCAACCAGUGUCAACUGCAGGGCGAACCCACGCAGGAUACGGACACGCUCUAUGACUCGGCAGCCCCGAUGGAAUCACACACGCUGAUGGUCAACUAAACUGGUCAAUAUCAGCGACUAGAUCACGGUUCUUUUCUUAGCUAUAUCUUAAGUGUCGUUAAGGCCAAGCUCUCAACUCUCUCUCGCACAUCUCACGUGUAGCUGUAAAUAUUCGAGAAACAAACACAAAAGCAACAAAAAAACCCAAGCAAAUAAUAAUACAAUUAAUUGUAUGUAAAUAAUAACAAAUUAUUCUUGCGUUCAAAAUUUAACUCAAUGUGCAAUUUAGUUUAACACAAUCACUCAAACACGCAAAGUUUCUCACUUUUUAAACUGAGCAUGGAAGGGAAAACUUGUGCUAUUGCUUUUUUUCCCAUUUAUGUCACAACGAAUGAAUAACUGAAGAGGAGAGGAAAAAUACUUUUAUUAAACAAAUGCAUUUGUUUGUACGACUAAAUGUUGUAAAUGAAAGAUGAGAUGGAGGAGCAAAUGUGGUAUCCUCUCGAGCCCAGUGAAGAACAAUUUUGUAAUGUAGACUAGUAGAGAUUUUAAAAUUACAUCAAUUAACAUAAACUACGAUUUAAGCCAAUAGAUAUUAAAGUUACACAUACACACACACCCACACUCAGACUCAGGCGAGCGUGUCGGCCCCUGGACUAACAAGAAAACAAUUCGAAGAAAGCAAUUCUAAGUAUUAACAACAAACUAGAUUAGCGGCAGCCAACUAACCUAUAAAUAUACAAGUUUAUUAAACCCAACAUAAACAUACAUUUACGGCACACUACUAUAUUGUGGCAUAGCGACGUUAGUCCGUCGACAUAGACUUGCCCAGUACAUAGGAAAAUCGAGAUUCUCUUUUUUUUGCGGCUUUAUGACGUUUCAAAAUGAUAGUAAUGAAAAAAGACAAACUCGCGCUGGACUAUGUCACUUGUAAUUGGCUAGUUUAUGUCGGUGGACUUAAGUCGCCAAUUCCCCUAUAUUGUAUGCAUUGAAGCGAGUCUAAGCGAAUUCUACUGAAACAGCACACGGACAAGAUACAAGAUACAAAAUCAAAAAGCCUUUACCAAGCGUAAAAUACCAAGCAAUAUUUCAUGUCUAAAUGUUGUAGAACAAAUUUGUAGCUCAAACGUAACAGAGAGAAAUAAUAGUAACGAGACAAACUAACAAAACAAAACAAAACGAAUCGAAAGCCAUGUGUCAUUUUAGUUAUGUAAGCUGAGAGAUCAACAGAGUUUUAGUAUUUCGGAGUAUUCGAAUUAUGCAAAUCAUUUACAUACAUAUACAUAUAUUUUAAGUCUGUAGCCACUACACUUAAGCAAACGCAAAGCCCAUAACUAUGCAUAGAUGACAUUACUCGAUAACUGCGCGUGUGUUAAUUAAGUACAUACAUAUUUUGUUUGUUAAUUGCCUAACCUUUAUAUAUUUUUUAUUUUAUUUAUACUUGUUUGCCUGUUUUUCGUCGUAGCCCUUUACUCGCUGUACGAAUCAGAUAACCAUAAACAUAAAUACUGCAUACUACUAUAUACUACGUAAUAUAAAAUAUACAACGCUGAGAGAGUGUAUUGAUUUACUAACCAGAA